CCUUGCUAAAUGCCAGCUGUGCCCAGUGUCCUGCUCAUCGAAACAUGGCAAGGACAUGGAAGGUCAUUGGCGGUGGCGACAAGGGCGGUCUGGUGGUGCGAUCAGGCAAGUCUCUGACUUCAGAGCAGCUCCCUGAGCGCUUGUCCACCGGUGCUUUGGUGAAGGAGCUCAAGCUGGAGGGUGAGCGCCUGCAGUUUCAGCGCGAGACCGGCGCAGGCCCCGAGACGGGCUGGGUGAGCCUGAAGCUCAAAGACAAGGAGCUCCUGUCCUUGGUGGAGGGCGAGAAGCCAGCGCCAGCGCCGGCCAAGGAUUCUCUCAAGAAGAAGUCCUGGGACACCAAGUUCUUGUUCAAGGGCUGCGGCGCCAACGUGCGCGCGCUGGAGGGCGGCACGGAGGGCGCCAGCCGGGAUCAGCUCUUCGAGCACCUCAUGCGGCAGCACGUGAGCCCGGAGUUGCGGAGGGACUUUUGGGAUCAGAUCCCGGAGCAUCUGUACGACACGGGCCAGACCAACGAGACCGACUGCAUCACCUUCUUCCAGACGGUGGGCCACCUUUGCCCGGCCGAAGGCCGGCGCUUGGCCUCUCCCGGCGGCAUACGACAGCGAGUGGAGAAGUUUGGGGAGAUGAAAUGCAUCGUGGUGGAGUGUGACGCGGAGCCCAAAGUGGUGGCGGUGCUUUGCCACGGCAUCGAGGUGCUCGGGGAUGACCUCUACACGCUGGCGCACAACCUUUGCGCCCCGGGGCUCCGGCUGGUUUUGCCUGAAGCACUGAACGAGAGUGCGCAACCCAGGGAGGAGGGUGUCAAGGUUGACGUGGGCCUGCCAAUAGAUGAGUCCCAGAACACCGACGAGUGGCGGAAGCCGCUGAGGGAGUGGUGGAGUAGGAAUGCGAAUGAGAAGGAGGUGAAGACGUGCUUGUCCAGGGCCGUUGAGGCGCUGGAGGAGUGCGUCUCGUCGUUGGCGGAGUCUUCGCCGGGCGCGAAGCUGGUGCUCGGCGGCUUCUCGCAAGGCGCCGCGGUGGCGCUGGCCGCUGCCGGGAAGGUGAAGCCGGCCGGGCUUUUGCUGAUGUGCCCACCAGGCUUCUGCGCGUCGAUGCUGGAGGGUGCCCCAAAGUUGGAUGCGGCCGCUCUGGUGGCAGCGGGCAACGAGGAUCCCAUCGCGCCAAGGGCUCAAGUCGAAGAGGUGCACAAGGCGCUGGCGGGCCACGGUGCUUCGGUGGAGCCGUUGCUGGCCUUUGAGGGUGGCCAUGAGGUGACUAUGACCGUUGUGGAAGCGGCCAAAGCAUUCUUGGCCAAAGUGGCAACCUGAGUGGCCAAAGUGCAACGACUCAGGAGGAGCGAGGAAGGGCCAUUAUCCCCAAGCUUUUGAUGCUACAUCGUUGAGACAGCAUGCCCAGUGACUUAGCUAGUUGACGUUUUCCAUUUUGCUGGCAGGGCACUUGUUUGUGCCAUUGUCUCAGUUGCUCGGAGCAAACUGUGGACCUGUGGAUGUGUCCAUGCUCCAUAUUUGUCAAAGUCGCAAAAAGUGGAGAUGCAGCGGCUGGUCUGGCAUGAUCAAAGUCUGGUGAGUGAGGA